AUGCAUUACUGUAUAAUGUCGAUGUGUAAUAUCACUAUCGUAACAUUAAUCUGUGUACACAUGAUAAAUGUAGCAAAUUGUAGUACCAAUGUUGAAGAUGAACUUUUUCCAUUUGAAGACCUCCCCCCUCUUUGGUCCGAUCACAUGAAAAGUGCUAAACAGACGUUAGAAAACUAUCCCAAUCCAUUCCAAAACUACAAGGCUUGCAACAGGAAUUACCCUAACUCAUAUUUGUGUGACCCGGGUGGAAUACUCGAGGAGUAUGAGGCCGACAAGAUAGAAGAGAUUCUCAGCAAGGAGCGGAAGAAUUCUAAUCAUUUUUGCAGUGAUUUUGGAGAUGUUCCAUAUCAAUUUGGAGUCGGCAUAGCCAGCGACGAUUUGAAAAGCGAUAAGGAAUUGCUGGCCACUGAACUUUGCAGCAGAUGGUCUCUUAGUCACUCUGGCUGCAACGAUGGAAUUAUGUUAGUUUUAUUUCCUUCCAGUAAGGAAAUUGUUUUGCAUUGGGAAAGCGGAGUAGAACCAAUAAUUAAUGCGAAAAUUGCCUCCGCUUUCUAUCGGAUGUGUAGGAACGAAUUAGCCACUAGAGGAUUUGGUCAAGGGGUUGAAAAGUGCGUCAAAUUUAUUGCAAAUCGUCUAAGCGGCGAAACAUUGCCGAUUGAAGAGACGAUGAGGAAAAUUGUAUUCCUAAUAAUUGCCACAGUUACGGCUCUAUUUUACAUAACUUGUAUGUUUGCAGUGAUGGUAGAUAGGGCGUUAUAA